UUAGGAGCAUCUACUGCUGUAAGCCAUUAAAUUCCCUCUCUACAUCCCGGGAGAGACUGACUGGCAGCUGCCGGGGCCAAUAGGCCAUUGGAUCAGCCGGCCGGCAUCCAAUGGCAGCAUGAGGGGUAGGAGCUUGUCUGCACCAGUAGCUCAGAGCUCCGGUUGCAGCAUCCUCAGAGCCUGCUGCCACUGCUGCUGCUCUUCGGCCUCCUGUUUUUAAGAGGGGGAAUGAGAAGGAAGAGGGCCUCUCUGCUGCAGUAGAACAAGAGGCUUUUUCUGGCUGGGAUGGCCUAAACUCCCUGGCUCUUUGCCUUGCUGUUCCUCUGUUUGGCGCACCGAGGAGUGAGGAAGCAGGCAGGGAAGGGGGGUGGGAUUGAGAGGAGUCAGCCAUCUGUCCAUCUCAGGAUCCAGACUCACCCUCCUAGGACACCCCCGGGACUCCAGAUCAGAUCGAUUUCCUGGUGGACCUUGGGUGCCUGGUGAUAUAACAAUGCUUCAAGCUAUCUGCAGAAGUCAGCUUAACAAACAGGGUUAAAAACUGUUUCUUAUGUAGAUACGUAGCAUGUAUGUAUAUGUAUUUAAAUCCAAAUCCAAAUAAAGGGAAAUUGCCCAAGAAAGACAUGUCUUUGACAACGGGAGAAGCCAACUUCUCAAACCCCACCACGGCGGUUUAUUUCCUCAGCUCCACGGUGGCGGGAGAGGGGCGGGACAACAGCAGCACAAGAACCCCCCCUGUUACCCUCGCAACCAAUGAGACCAGUUUUAAUUCCACCAAGCUGCCGGAGGUGGCUGGCAGCUCCUCUGGAAUGGGCAUGGUGCUUCUUCCCUUUGGCAUCAUAACCGUCAUUGGCUUGGCAGUGGCAAUGGUUUUGUACAUCAGGAAGCGAAAUAGGCUGGAGAAGCUGCGCCACCAGCUGAUGCCCAUGUACAACUUCGACCCUGCGGAGGAGCAGGGUGAGCUGGAGCAGGAGCUGCUGGAGCACGGGAGAGAGGGAGCCGUGCCAGCCCCGCACAGCAAGAUCCUGAUGCCCAGCCAGGCGACCCUGCAAAGACCCAGCCGACUCGUCUUCACCGAUGUCGCCAACGCCAUCAACGCGUGACUCAUAGGCCUGACCGCUAGGGGACAGCGCCCGCUGGCCGCAGGCUGAGAGAUCCUGGCUGGAGCAGGGUCUGGCAUGCAGAACUCGCAGAGUUGAGAGGUUCUGACCUGGUGGGAGGAAUUGUUUAUAAUGUAAUGGGGGGGGGGGGGGGGGGGGGGGUUCUAGAAUCAGCUGAAAUCAAAGCUCAAGCACGUUCCGUGGAGUUGUUCCAAUUCCGAAGUUCAUUUUCUCUUUCAACUUGCUUUGAUUGACUCCUUGGGAAUAUAUAGCUUAUCCUCUGUUGGUAGUUUCCGUCUGCUUCUCAGUUUAAACUCUAGCUGCACCCCUGUUUAAAACAGCUUGGAUCUCUCAGCCCCCUCCCCCUUAUGGAAGUUUCCCAUAGUAAAAGCACAGCAAAGUGUAAUAAAGCACAGUGAAAGCAUGAUGAAGCAAUGAAGCAUAGGUAAGCAUUGUGAAGCACAGAGAGAUCUGGUAAAGCGUAUUAAAAAUCCUUGGUACAUCAUGGUAAACUACGGACUAUGGGAAAAGUAAAACUGCAAAUUUACCGUGGUAAACUUUUAUAAGGGCCAUGAUAACAGUAAAGCAUCCUUCUGCACCUCACAGCCAGUGCUUGCCCUUACCUUGUAUUGCAAAGUCAGGAGAGGUGAAGUGGUUUUCUUCUGCCAUUCUUCUGAGACUAGACCUCUCCUGUACAACACCUGUGCCCCUCAAAUCCAUUAAGGUUGUGUGUUAUAUGUCUAUUAGCUAGACUGAGGAGUGAAUAAAAUAAUUUUGUGAAUGUGUAAAUGGACUAACUUAAACAUGUUAAACAGCUAACUGGGUUGCAAGCUGGAAUUUCAGCUCAGUUAGUUAUGGACCUGAUCCUCAGACCUGCAGUCAGGGGAAGAGCAUUCUCCCUGUGACUGGUCCUGCCCAUCCCAGCAGAACCAUUCUCCCUGUGACUGCUCCUGCCCAUCCCAGCAGAACCAUUCGCUCUGUGACUGCUCCUGCCCAUCCCAGCAGAACCAUUCGCUCUGUGACUGCUCCUGCCCAUCCCAGCAGAACCAUUCGCUCUGUGACUGGGGAGAGCCACAGCUCUGUUUAUUAUGCAGUUAUUGUGGUAUAUACACUAGCUUACUGGCACACAGGGAGGUUUUCAACCAUUAGGGCUUCUAAGGGCUAAAAGCACUUUAAUGAACUAGCUAAAAAUGUCUAAGCAAUGUUCAGGAGACAAGAUAGAGAUUAUGUAUACAAGGCAGUAAACAGCUAACUAAGAAGCUAGACCUUUUUCUUUAUGGAUGGAAUUCUUGUCUUUUAAGAUUUGAGAUAAAUCGUAAGUGGCACUAAUGGUUUCGGUAGUUUCCUUUAUAAAGAAUAAAUAAAAGCCAACUUCCAAAAGGUGACUCGGCUAUUCUCUGAUUCUCCUGGGUUUGAAAAUCGGGUCCAAAAAGAAAACAGGAAUGUAAACUUUCUGAAAUGCUAUGAACUUUACAGAUAUCGAAAAGGACAUCUGAUUAAAGUAAUGUGACUGUAUCUGUGUGUGUGCGUGUGUGUGUACAUUUAUAAAGAAAAUAAAGGCAUCCACAACCAUGA